CUGCUACCGACACUCCCCAUAAUUUUCUUCUCUCUUUUCCUUUCUUGAUUUUUUUUUUCCCUCCCAUUCUUGGCGGCUACACACCCAUCUCACCACCCCUGUAACGCACUUAAAUACGUGCCAUUUGCAGCUUUGCUCAUCAUUUCCUAACCUCACCUUCCCUUCUUUAAAACACUGCCUCUCUCUUUCCAUCUCUUUCAGCCUUUCCCAUCUAACACACUCACACACGACGCACAAGUGAGCCGAGCUGUGCUACGCAAAACUUUCUGCCUCUCUCUUGGUUGAAGGAAAUGCCGCUAAACUUGGCGGGACGAGGUGCACUGUUCAGUGCCCUACUACGUGUCUCGGUUUCUCUCCUCUUCCUUUCCCUCGCUGGGGCCGAAGAUCCCUACAAGUUCUUCAACUGGAACAUCACUUACGGUUACAUUUACCCACUCGGCGUUCGCCAACAGGGAAUUCUCAUCAAUGGACAAUUCCCAGGCCCUGAUAUUCACUCCGUCACCAAUGACAACCUCAUUAUCAACGUGUUCAACAACUUGAACGAAUCCUUCCUCCUCUCCUGGAAUGGAAUUCAGAACAGGAGGAAUUCGUUUGAGGAUGGUGUAUACGGAACAACAUGCCCAAUACCCCCGGGGAAGAACUUCACCUAUAUUCUCCAAGUCAAGGAUCAGAUUGGGAGUUAUUACUACUUCCCUUCCCUCGCAUUCCACAAGGCUGCCGGUGGGUUUGGAGGGAUCAGAAUCCUUAGCAGGCCACGAAUCCCUGUCCCCUUCCCUGACCCCGCCGGCGAUUACACUGUUCUUAUCGGAGAUUGGUACAAGUCCAAUUACACGGCCUUGAAGGCUAUUCUGGAUCGCGGUAAGAAGCUGCCUUUUCCUGAUGGAAUCCUUAUCAACGGUCGCGGACCCGGUGGUGUUUCUUUCAAUGUAGAACAAGGAAAAACCUAUAGGCUUAGAAUAUCAAAUGUUGGGUUGCAAAACUCCCUCAACUUCCGCAUUCAGGGCCACAAGAUGAAGUUGGUGGAAGUAGAAGGAACUCACACUCUUCAAGUUACCUACUCCUCGCUUGAUGUUCAUGUUGGUCAAUCUUACUCUGUUCUAGUCACAGCGGAUCAGCCCGCACAAGACUAUUACAUUGUGGUUUCCUCUCGGUUCACCUCUACUGUCCUCACAACCACCGGGAUUCUUCGUUACAGCAACUCCGCCGGCAAAGUCUCAGGUCCGCCCCCUGGUGGACCUACCAUUCAAAUUGACUGGUCUCUGAACCAGGCCCGCACUAUCAGGACUAAUCUGACUGCAAGCGGACCAAGGCCAAACCCACAAGGCUCGUAUCACUAUGGUCUAAUUAACACAACCAAGACCAUCAGGCUACAAAGCUCCGCUGCUCAAGUCAACGGCAAACAAAGAUAUGCAGUAAACAGUGUAUCAUUUGUCCCAGCAGACACUCCCUUGAAGCUUGCUGAUUACUUCCAACUUGGAGUUUUCCGGGUUGGGAGUAUAUCCAGCAACCCUACAGGCGGUGGAAUGUACCUUGACACAUCAGUGAUGGGUGUUGACUACAGAGCAUUUAUCGAGAUUAUAUUUGAAAACACUGAGGAUAUAAUUCAGAGCUGGCACCUUAAUGGCUAUUCUUUCUGGGUGGUUGGUAUGGAUGGAGGGCAGUGGACUCCAGCUAGUAGAAACCAAUACAAUCUCCGAGAUGCAGUUGCACGUUGCACCACUCAGGUAUAUCCCAAGUCAUGGACUGCUAUAUAUGUGGCGCUUGAUAAUGUAGGAAUGUGGAACUUGAGAUCCGAGUUCUGGGCACGACAAUAUCUCGGACAACAGCUUUAUUUGCGGGUUUAUACUCCAUCAACUUCACUCAGAGAUGAAUUCCCCAUUCCAAAGAAUGCACUUCUUUGUGGAAAAGCCGCAGGCCGACACACGCGGCCUCUCUAAGAAUCCGCAGUUGGGUAGGGGGAAAGCCUGUCUAGCUUAGAGGGAUUUUGUGUUGCUUCUUGAUAUUAGUAUUGAGUGAUUUAAUGUGAGAAAUGCUAAUGUAUCAAUAGGACUCUAAAUGACCUUAGCUCGAGGUCGCAUUCUUUUCUAGAAAGACUCUAUCCCCCUUUGUUAUUCUUAAAAGUUUUCAUACCUGUAUUAGAACUAUAUAUAUAUAUAUAUAUAUAUAU